UUUCAGUCCAACAUAGGGCUUCUGUGUGUGGACUGUAGACUUUUCUCAUUUUGGGCGAAAGAACCGGGCAAAUGCGUGACUCAGACAUAAACGACGUGCCCAUUCCAGUGGUUGGAAUAAUAAUAACAAUAGUAUCGAGUUUCAUCAAUGGUUCAACUUUCGUGCUUCAGAAAAAAGGGAUUUUACGCUCUCGUGAAAAAGGAGGCUCGUACCUCAGGGAUGCAGUGUGGUGGAGUGGCACGUUGGCCAUGAUUAUUGGUCAGAUUGGUAACUUCAUAGCUUACAACGUUGCUCCAGCAGUCAUUGUUACACCACUGGGAGCACUUGGAGUGUUGUUUGGGUCGGUGUUGGCUUCCUGGAUCCUAAAAGAGCAUUUGAAUAUUUUGGGGAAGCUCGGCUGUGUGCUGUGCUGCAGUGGAGCUGUGGUGCUGAUCAUUCACUCACCUAAAGCAGAAACUGUGACUUCGAGACUGGAGCUGGAGGACAGGUUAUCUGACCCAGUAUUCAUCCUCUAUGCCUUGCUGGUUGUCCUGGCUUUAUUGGUCCUUAUUUUUUGGAUCUCUCCAGUCCUUGGCUCUUCCAACAUCAUGGUCUACAUCUCUAUCUGCUCAUUGUUUGGCAGCUUCACUGUCCCCUGCAGUAAAGGACUUGGCUUGGUCACACAAGAAGCUUUCAGUGCAGGUCCUUAUAGUAGGAGGGCUCUGACUAUUUUUGUAUUUUUGCUUUCUACGUUGGUGGUUAGUAUCCUCACCCAGUUUUUCUUUAUCAAUAAGGCCUUAGAGGUAUUCAACUCUAACAUGUUUGAAGCUAUUUAUUAUGUGGCGUUUACAUCUACUGUUAUUGUAGCAUCGGCUAUACUUUUUAAAGAAUGGACAGCAUUGACUAUAAGCGACAGUCUAGCUCUGGUUUGUGGCUUUUCAACGGUGUGCGCUGGAGUGGCUUUGCUACGCAUUUCCCAAGAGGCAGAGCUUACCUGGAAGUCAAAGCCACAGAGGAAAAAGACAGACUAAAAUAUUCACAACCACAGUGUAUUUUGUUCCAAACGUCAUUCCUCUCAUACUUGAAAUUUAGACCAAGCAGAUACAGGCACAUAUGGCAAUGAACAGAAACCCCAUGUCAGUAUCAGCACAUCUGAAAAAUGUCCCUAAUGCAAAAUCAACAGUCAAAAGGCAUUCUGAUUUUAAUCUUUAUCUAUUCUAAUGAAAAGGGCAUCUAGAAACUUUAUAACAAGAUUAUAAUAUACUGCAGUUAUAUGUGUAAUUUAAUAACUUGUAUAAUAUUUUUACUGUUCUUAAGAUAUUUGAAUUUUUCUUGUGAUCGUUGGCCUUCAUCUAGGCCUCUAAUUCAAAACUCAAUAUGCACCUGUAUUCACAGUUGCACUCCGGUACAUGUCAUUGCAAUCUAAAUCAAGUGCCUUGAUUAACCUUCUACACUCAAUAAAUGCUGAGUUUUGAGACCUUACUUUGUGAAUCCCUCAAAGUAUUAUUUUUUUCAUUAUCAAGUACAGGAGACACUAUUUCUGGCAAAAAAAAAUGUAUUUUAAUAAGAGAUAUUCAAAAUAAAAUAAAAAACAACAUAAAAUUGCAGACAUUAUUAUUUAAUUCUUAGAGAGCCUUAUAAACCUGUAAAUACUUUGAUUAGUGAUUUUAAUUGCAUUAUUUUCAGAGUGAUUAUAACAGUGUAACAAUUGUAACCAGAUACAUUCCCCUUGUUUACAUAAUAUUUACUUAAAAGUGAAAUGUGAUCCAUGGGACCUGCAUUUGCAAAAUAGCAUACUGUUUUGGUUCACUGAAAUGGUUUAAUAAAUUAAAUAACUCAAACUGCCUUUAGCUAGAGGUGCCACACAUGCUCUUCAGCUGCUCUAAGUAUCAUUUCAGCAACACGUUAACUUAUUUAUUGUGCUAGUUAAUUAUUAAGGAUUACCAAGAGCUAUUUGUCUAAUGGAAACGAUGUUGGUGAUACCGUACUAUAUAUUAAAUUGUAAUAGGUCCUACAUA